UUUUAUUUCGUUUUCGUGUUGCAGCUUCAAAAUAAUUGGAUAUAACCUCUACGAAUAUCCAUCUUUUUUUUAGAGAAAAAAAAAGUUUUGCUUUUUGUUUUUGGAAGAAUUUCAUUAUUCAUUCUCUCUUGAUCAUCUCUUCUAUAUAAUUUUAGUCGACAUAAAGAGUGUUUCACUGUCUAUGUUCUUCACCAAACGUAUCAGACCAAAGCAGAUACAUAAAUAUCUCUUCUUCCUCUCUUGCGUCCAUACAGAAAUUGCAACAACCAAUACAGACAAAAAGUGGCCUAAUCUGAGCUCACACACCGGAUUGCAAUACAGAGUUUCAAAGAUUGCUCUGCAGAUUGCUAAACAGGGUUUUGAUUCAGGCAAAAGUCUCAGUUCUUUUUUUAAUGUCUCAAGAUCACAAAUCCCAUUCAAUGGAGAAGAAAUGGGUAUUUUCAUUUGUGGUCACAUCACUUGCCUGCGUUUUUCUCCUUGCUACAUCCUUCAACAUGGGUCUAAUGUCUUCUCUCCGACCACCAAUCAAUGGAACUUUCUCUGGUUUCCCCACAAAUGAUUCUAAAGUUGCAGAUCAACCACCUCGUGAAGAGGACAAGCUCCCACGUUUCGCUUACCUUGUCUCUGGGUCUAAAGGAGAUCUUGAAAGCCUUUGGAGAACUCUUAGAGCAUUGUACCAUCCAAGGAAUCAAUACAUUAUUCAUUUGGAUCUUGAAUCUCCGGUUGAAGAGAGACUAGAACUGGCUUCUCGCAUUAAUAACGAUUCCAUGUAUUCUAAGAUAGGGAAUGUCUAUAUGAUAACUAAAGCUAAUCUUGUGACCUAUACCGGACCAACAAUGGUGUCGAAUACCCUUCACGCUUGUGCGAUUCUUCUUAAGAGAAAUCAAGACUGGGACUGGUUUAUCAAUCUCAGUGCUUCGGAUUAUCCCCUUGUGACUCAAGAUGAUCUGCUUUAUACGUUUUCAACUUUGGACCGGAACCUCAACUUUAUCAGCCACACAAGUAACUUAGGUUGGAAAAACGAGAAGAGGGCAAUGCCAUUAAUGAUUGAUCCUGGACUCUACAUGCUAAACAAAUCAAACAUUUUUUGGGUCAAGCCUGGUCGAAGUUUACCAGCUGCGUUCAAGUUAUUUGCUGGAUCAGCUUGGAUGGUCCUAUCGCGCUCAUUCGUGGAGUAUAUCAUUUGGGGUUGGGAUAAUUUACCAAGAACUUUGCUCAUGUAUUUCACCAAUUUCGUUUCUUCUCCUGAAAGUUACUUCCACACAGUCAUAUGUAACGUGCCCGAGUUCUCCAAAACCGCGGUGAACCAUGAUCUUCACUUCAUCACGUGGCACAGACCGCCGAGACAACAUCCUCGCUUGUUGUCCUUAAGAGACAUGAGACCGAUGAUUGCAAGCGGUGCUGCGUUUGGUCGGAAAUUCAGAAGAAACGACAGGGCUUUGGAUAAGAUCGAUAGGGAACUGCUUAACCGGACAAACGAAGCCGAUUUCACUCCCGGUGGAUGGUGCGGUGGGAAACCGGAGUGCUCGGUUGUCGAAGACGUGGCUAAGAUCACACCUGGCCCAGGGGCUGAGAGGCUCAAGGGGCUUGUAGAUAGGUUAGUUGCUGAAGCUAAAUCAGGAAAGAAUCAGUGUGAAUAGAAUCAAUUUCUUUUGAAUGGAGAAAUCAAUACUUGGAGAGAAUCUCGCAGCUUCAGGCUAUAUACAACAUAGAUUGACUGUAAUCCUUCGAAUAGGUUAAAGAUUACUUGUAUGUCAAGUAACCUAGUAGUUUCAUUAGGGCUUACAACAAGUUCUAUACAUAUAUAAAAAGAUCAUA